AUGACAGCUCGUAUCCCGUUCUGCCUCUUAUUGUUCUUAACGGGCUGCUGCGAUUGCAUGCUGCGAGGGACAAUAUCACCGAUCCUCCGUCACGAUGCCACUCGUUACUGCCACAUUUGCGCAAAUCACACCAUGUGCCAAUUUCCGGAUGAUGAUCAUGGAACGAGAUGUUCAAACCUUGAUUCUGCAGAUCUAGAUCUAGAUCAGAAAGACAUUGAUACGAUACUUUAUUGGCACAAUACUUAUCGUAACACGGUGGCUAGUGGUGAAGAACAAAGAGGGAAUCCAGGCCCUCAACGACCAGCAAAAUAUAUGAUGGAGCUGCUUUGGGAUGAUGAACUCGCUUUUAUCGCUAGGCGAUGGGCGUUGCAGUGCAACCUCUUUGAGAAAGAUCAAUGCCGAGACGUUGAACGAUUUCAAGUAUGGCAAAACGUGCACGUGCUCGAUAUGAACAGCGUGGGAAACGCAACGUCCACCGGUAGGAUUCACUUUCAUAUUCAAUCCUGGUACGACGAGGUGGAAGACUUUGAUUCUGCGGAAUUCGGGUUCGUCAACUUGACAGCUCGAAGCAACCUUUCAUAUAUCGCAUUCGCAUCGGCGAUAAUUAGCCAAGUCGGCUGCGGUCGUGCAAUUUACACGGCUAAGCAAGAUGGUUCGCCGCCGGGUCGUGAAGAGACGGCUACUGUCACGGGCACAAUGCACGUCCUCGGUUUCGGGGAUCGCGUGGAGACCCUCGUCUGCAAUUACGGACCCCUCGAUCGGAAAACACCGAGGGAACUCUACGAAGAUGGUGUGCCGGCUCUUUGUCCGCAGGGGACGAUCCGUAGCUCGGGAUACGCAGCACUUUGUCAAAAAUCCCAGAAGUGGCCGUCACGGAAGUUGCAGCGUCGGACUGAAUCGAGCCAGAAGAGAACCAGCGAAACAAUGACCAGCGGUACAUUCCUGAUUAAAGGAACGAUCUAUCCUGUUCACCUGAUCUUAUUAUUGCUGGCACGCCUCUGGACGUGAUCCCCACUUAUUGUUAUACUGGUGGUGCAAUGUUUGUCUGAUACAGUGCUAUCAAUAAACC